AUGUCAACACACCACUCUCUCAUUCGCUUUGGCAUUCUUGGUACAGGUCGAAUUGCUCAUGACUUUUGUCUUGCUUUCAAAUCCAUGCUCAUUCAAAAACCACAUCUUGCAUGUAAAAUACACGGAGUGGCCACACGAAACAAUUUAGAAAAAUCUCAACAAUUUUCACAACUGCAUGAAAUUCCCCACGCCUUUGACUCGUAUGAAUCCAUGAUGAAACAUUCAGAAAUUGAUAUUAUUUAUGUGGCAACACCAACUUCGGAGCAUUAUGCUCAUGUGAAAAAAUGUCUCGAACAUGACAAGUCGGUCUUGUGUGAAAAAACGUUUACACUCAACUAUGAACAAGGACAAGAAUUGUUUGAAAUGGCUCGUAAACGAAAUUUAUUUCUCAUGGAAGCCAAUUGGAUGCCAUUCUUUCCGCUCUUUCAGAAAAUGAUUCAGCUCGUUCGAGAUGGAACCAUUGGUCAAGUCAAGCUCAUUGAAGCAAGUUUAGGAUUCCAGAACAAUCAUGAAAUGAAUAAGGGAUUAGUGGAUGCUAAUUUGGGAGGUGGUGCAUUGUUGGCAUGUGGCAUUUAUCCAAUUUCAUUGUGUUGCUUUGUGUAUGAUUGUUUUAGGCCACAAACAGUUCAAUCGGUAGCUAGCUUUGUGAAUCAAGUGGAUGAAACAGUCAGUUGUCAAUUGGCUUUUUCCAACAAUUCUCAAUUGGCCAAUGUCGUCACUAGUAUUGGAGCCAAUUUGAAGAGUGAUGCAACAAUUUAUGGCUCCAAGGGAACCAUUCAUUUGCAUCCCAUGUGUUGUUGUUCCUUAAAGAUGUCCGUUUCAUUAUCAAAUUCACAAGAAGUAAUUUAUGAGGAACCACUUUAUAAUCAUGUAAAUGGAUCGAAUUUUAACUUUCCAAAUUCAGAGGGACUUGGCUAUGAAAUUGAACAUGUGGUGGAGUGCAUGAAGAGUGGAAAGAUAGAAAGUGAAAUCAUGACCCAUAAAGUGACAUUGGAAACUCUCAAAAUUUUGGAUCUCAUUCGGUCUCAAAUUGGUUUGAAGUAUCCGCAGGAAAAUAAUCAACCAUGA